AGGGUUGACGAUUAUCAGCAGCGAGGCAACAACUUCUCUAGACGACACUAGACAAUCACCACGUCGCCUGUUUCCAUCGCUUCUCAAUGCCGCCGAAGCAUCUUCUGCAGUCGCCCUACCCGACAUAGCAUGGCAAUACAUUCCAGAGCAGUGUUACUGCUCGCCUUCCUCCUCAGCCUGCUCCUCGCCGCCCCAGCGCUAGCAGACUCGAGCCCUGUCAUCAAACAGACCUCCUUCCCCGAUCUACCCUCCGGUCUAUCCUACUUUGAUGACAGCAAUGUUGUCCUCGUCACCGACCCUUCUUCUCAGACCCUCUGGCGCUCCGCAGACGCUGGCACCACGUGGGACAAGUUGGACGUGGGCCAGGGCAAGAUCUUCUCGGUGUUAAAGAAUCCCAACAACAAUCAGGUCGCGGUGGUGAUUGGCGUAAAAGGCACACACUGGAUCACGACGAACCAGGGGAAAGACUGGAAAGAAUGGAAGUGCGACGGUACCCCGAUUCUCGCGCGACCCGCCAUCACUUUCCACGCCACCGACCCCAAACGCAUGCUCUACCUGACGGCGCAUUGUGAUGGCCUGACUUGUGAAGAGCGCGUUUACUACACCACCGACGGUUUCGACUCCGAGCCAAAGAAGCUCCUCGAUGGCUCCGUCAGCUGCAUCUGGGCCAAAUCGACAGACCGCUUCACCACCGGCGACAGCAAGAGCGAUGAGAACCAAAUACUUUGCAUCGUCAAGGGCUCCUUCAACCCGUUUGCCACCAAUUACCGUCUCAUCUCCUCCACCGAUUUCUUCCGGUCCGAGGAAGUGGAGCCCGUCAUGCACGAAGGGCGCGCAGUCACUGGCAUCAUGAACAUUGCAGCGGUCAAGUCGUACAUUGUGGCGGCAGCAAAGAGCCAGGGCACGACGGAAUUGGCGCUAUACGUGACCGAUGAUACGAGGACCUGGCAUCGCGCCGAGUUUGGCGAGCACAAGCUGGAAGAGGAUGCGUAUACCAUCCUCGAGAGUACCAACUACAGCAUGCAGGUCGACGUCCUCACCACCAAACCGAGCAACCCCAUGGGUGUGCUGCUCACGAGCAACAGCAAUGGCACCUUCUUCACCCGCAAUCUCGAGCACACCAAUCGCAAUACGCGUGGAUUUGUAGACUUUGAGAAAAUCCAAAACAUUCAGGGCAUUGUGAUGGUCAACACGGUGACGAAUUGGGAAGAGGUCGAGCAGAAUUGGAUUGCCGACAAGAAGGUCAAGACACAAAUCUCCUUCGAUGAUGGUCGCACCUUUCACCCACUCAAGGUUGACGAUGACCACUUGCACCUUCACUCAGUCACCGAACAGCGCAAUAUGGGUCGCAUCUUCUCCAGCCCUGCGCCUGGCAUAGUCAUGGGUGUGGGAAACACGGGCGACUACCUGCGAUCCCGCAGCGAAGGCGACCUCUACGUAUCGGACGAUGCGGGUGUGACGUGGAGCAGGGCGCUCAAGGAUCCUCAUCUCUUCGAAUUCGGCGACCAAGGCGCAAUCCUUGUAGCGGUCGAAGACGGCGAGAGCAAGAAGAUCAAAUACUCCAUCAACCACGGCAAAGACUGGGAUCACUACGAAAUGGACGACGACAUCCAGCCCAUCGCUCUAACCACCGUACCCGACUCGACGUCGCGGAAGUUCAUUCUUACGGCCGCAAAAGGGCGAGGGAGCGAUCGGAAGUACUACAUCAUCUCCAUCAGCUUCGUCGACUAUGACCUUAAAGAGUGCGGGAAAAGUGAUUUCGAAGACUGGUAUGCUCGCGUGGACGACGAGGGCAAACCGACCUGUAUCAUGGGCCACAAGCAAAGCUUUCGCAGGCGGAAGAGGGACAGCAAGUGCUUUGUCGGGCAGUUGUUCAAGGACCCUGUUCCAGAGAUGGAGAAUUGCAAAUGCACUGACGACGACUACGAAUGCGACUACGAGAACGGGUUCACCAGGAGAUCCGACGGCGAUUGUAAAUUGACAGGUCCCAUGAAACCGCCAGAGGAUGCUUGUCGCGGGACGGACAAAUUCAAGGGGUCAUCUGGGUAUAGAUUGAUCCCCGGCAAUACGUGCAUCAAGAGUGGCGGCGUGGAGAAGGAUAAGCCGAUCGAUCGCGAUUGUGAUGAUAUCAAGAAGCCGGUCGCCAGUGGCAAGAUCUCCAGCAAGACAACAAAGUUCCCCGGAAACGCUUUCGUCGAAUACUACUAUCUUGAACGCCAGGAUUCCGAUACUGGAGAUGACGAGACAGUCAUCAUGCGAACGAAUGAGCGCGAGGUCUACAUCACGCACACCCAAGGCAAGGAGUGGGAGCAGAAAUACAAGGAUGAGGAGAUUAUUGCAAUCUACCCUCACCGCUACCUCGGCGGCAACGUGUACCUCAUCACACCGAGCGAAAAGGUACACUACUCCCAUGAUCGGGCACACAGCUUCCACUCGUUCACAGCGCCGGACAAGCCCAACCAGAAAGGCCUCCAAAUCUUGUCCUUCCAUCCUACGGAGAAGGAGUGGCUUAUCUGGACAGGCCUCGGCAACUGUGAGGGCUCGGAUUGCGAGACUAUUGCUCGUGUCAGCACCAAAGGAGGAGACGAGUGGACAAAACUGCUCGGCGCCGUCCGCAAGUGUCAAUUCGUAUACCGGGAAGACCGCAGUGGAAGCCAAAAAUUGGUCCUUUGCGAGCAGCACCAGGACGAAAAUCCGUCAAAUUCCCUCUCCCUUUUGAGCUCGGAUGACUGGUUUGAGACGAAAAAGGAAUUGAAGCGCGACGUCAUCAACUUCGCCACCAUGUCCGAGUUCAUCGUCGUCGCCGUCCGGGAUGCCGACCAGCAAACGCUGCAGGUCGACACGAGCAUUGAUGGGCGGGUCUUUGCCGAUGCCAAAUUCCCACCGAACUUCAAAGUCCCCCACCAGCAAGCUUACACCGUUCUCGACUCGAGCACGCACGCCGUAUUCCUGCACGUCACCGUCAAUAAUGUCGACGGCGCCGAAUAUGGCAGCAUUGUCAAGUCCAACUCGAAUGGUACUUCAUACGUCCUCAUGGUCAACGAAGUCAACCGCAACAAGGACGGAUACGUGGACUUCGAGAAGAUGCAGGGACUCGAAGGCGUGGCCGUCAUCAACCGUGUGGCCAACAAGAAAGAGGUCGACGAGGGCAUGUCGAAGAAACUCAAGACUUACAUGACCCACAAUGACGGCGCGGACUGGGCGUUGGUCAAGAGGCCUUCCAGUACUCCCAAAGACCGCAAAUGGUGUAGUGGGGACAUCGAGUCGUGCUCCUUGCAUCUCCAUGGCUACACCGAGCGAAAGGACCCCCGCGAUACUUUCUCCUCGGCCAGCGCGGUGGGAAUGAUGAUCGGAACGGGCAAUGUCGGCGAAUAUUUGACUUCCAAAGCGGAUGCCGACACCUUCAUCACCCGAGACGGCGGCACCGAAUGGAGAUACGCCGCGCCGGGCACCUGGAUGUGGGAGUAUGGGGAUCAAGGGAGCAUCAUCGUUCUCGUCAAGGAAGAGGUCCCCACCAAAGAAGUCAUGUACAGUCUGGACGAAGGCGUCACCUGGCUCUCAUACCAGUUUUCCGCCGAAGACAUGGUCGUCACCGAUAUCACGACCAUCCCCUCCGACGCCAGCCGAAGCUUUCUCCUCUGGGGCAAGAUCGAUGGCGAGCUCACCAGCGUCAAUCUCGACUUUAGCGGGCUCGACGAGCGCAGCAAACAGUGCAGAUUGGAUCAAAACGCAUCUCCAGACGACAUGCGCUCCAGCCAGGACUACCUAGCCUGGGCCCCAUCUCGCCCCAACCACGAAGACCAGUGUCUCUUCGGACAUCAGGCCCUCUACAUCCGCAAGAAGACUUCGUCCGACUGCUACAACGGCCGCGACAUCCAGAAGCUGCUGCGCAUCCAGAAGAACUGCACGUGCGAGCGCCACGAUUUCGAAUGCGACUACAACUACGAGAAGCAGAGCGAUGGAUCGUGCAAGCUGGUGGAGGGCUUGGAGGCCGCAGAUCCAAAGGAGCAGUGCAAGAAAAACCCCAAGUUGAAGGAGUACUACGGCGUUACGGGAUACCGCAAGAUCCCGCUCGACACCUGCUCCGGCGGCAAGGAGAUGGACUACACGCCCAUGAGCUUCCCCUGCCCAGGGUUCGAAGAAGAGUACCAGAAGAAACACGGCAUCUCCGGCGCGGGCCUCUUCUUCGCCAUCGUCAUUCCCAUCGCCGCAGCAGCAGGAGCAGGGUACUGGGUGUGGAAGAAUUGGGAGGGCAAAUUCGGCCGCAUCCGCCUGGGAGACGGGCUGGGCACUUCGUCAGGCGGCGCUCUCGACCGCGACGCCCCGUGGAUCCGAUACCCCAUUCUCGUCCUCUCGGGCGUCGUGGCGCUCAUCGCUGCCGUGCCUAUGGUCGUCGGCACUGUGUGGAAAGCCAUUUCCGUUCGCCUGGGCCGCAGAAGUCGCGAUGGCUUCGGGGGCAGGGCGUAUACUUCUGGCGCGAGCUUUGGCCGUAGCGGCGCUGCGGGCAGGUACGCGGUUGUUGCGGACGACGAGGGGGAGUUGUUGGGGGAGGAUAGUGAGGAGGAGAUUUGAGGUGGUGGUGGUGGUGGUGGUGGUAGUUGUACAAUUUGGACUGGACUGGAUCCCACUAGCGGCGGAUUGCAUUUGCAUUACUGGCG